CCGAGUCAUGAGUAAAAGGACCAAAGGCGAGUCCAUUACUUGUUCUACACCCACUCACACGGACAGAUAUACAUGUACAUAGAUAUAUAGCUUCUCGUAUAUGUGUAUGUGUAGUGGUGGAUCUAAUUGCUCGCUGUAUAUGCAUUUGAGCUCUUCAAUCAAUCGAAGAACAGAGGUUGAAGAUGUUGGACGUACUAUUAGGGCGAGGAUUUAGCUCCAAAUGUAAAUCGUCGAUUAAGCUGACGAGGACUCGAAUCGAUGUGCUGCGGAGGAGGAAGGAGGCGACGCAGAGGUUUCUGAAGAGUAAUCUGGCUCAGCUACUUGCUAAUGGCCUCGAUAUCAAUGCCUAUGGAAGGACCGAAGAAUUUCUUGCUGGACUGAACCUAUUGUCAUGUUAUGAUUUUAUUGAGCAGUCCUGUGAAUACAUAUUGAAGCAGGUUUCUGUCAUGCAAAAACAGAGUGAAUGCCCUGAGGACUGCAGGGAGGCUGUGGGAUCCCUGAUGUUUGCUGCAGCAAGAUUUUCUGAUUUGCCUGAAUUACGCGACCUCAGGGACACAUUUCAGGAGAGAUAUGGAAGUUCUUUGGAACAUUUUGUUAAUCCAGAGUUUGUUGAGAAAUUAGCUUUGAGGCCUCCAACAAUGGAGAAGAAACUCCAGUUUUUGCAAAGCAUAGCAUUAGAGUUGUCAAUAAAGUGGGACUCCAGGGCUUUUGAACAGAGGAUGGCUAAUCCUUCUGCAUUUGCAAAGGAGGCACCUAAGGAAUAUGGGCCUGUCCUUGACCAUGUCGAUAAAUUCAAAUUACCUAUUGCCAAAGAGACCAUUACAAAGAUGGAGAAACGAAAUCAUUCUUAUCAAGAGAGGACUGAGCUUACCAAUGACAAGCAUAGACUGCGCAAUGGCGGGGAGGAUAGUCUCUUGAAAAGAGAUGAGUUGGACCAUCAGAUCUUUUCAAGAGAGGAAUUAACUGGUCAUAGGGAGAAGCCACUCAUGGGUAGGGAACAAUGUAUUCCAAAAAGAGACAACGACAACGUUCCCUUCCAAGGAAGACGAGAAUUCACAGAUGGCAAACAUGAAUCAUUGCAUGGAAAGGAGGAUACUGCCCUAAAAUCAAUUAGACCAAACCGUUCAAAUUUUGGAAAAGGGCCAGAAUUUUUUGAUAGUGGAUAUGAGAUACAUAAUGAUAGGAUGAAUAGUAUCCCAAACAGAGAUGGCCAUGGCCAUCUAUCUGAUGGAAAAUCAGAAGUUGCUGCUCGAGUUAUGGGAGUUCCAAGUAGGCGUAAUGGUAAAGAUGUUUUGUCAGUUGGUUAUAGCGAUUAUAGUCAACCAGGUACUGCAAACUCAACAAGCAAAGUUAAGGAUGAAGAAACAGAUAGGUUGAAGUCCUACUCACGUAAUGCCAUCCUUCCUCCACCAUACGUUAAAUCAAAAGGUAAACCUGUCCCUCCACCUUAUAUUAAAUCAAAAGAUGGCAAAUACGGAGUUAACACAGAAGCUAAUCAUGCCAGUGCGGACUCCGAUGGAACCUCCAUGGACUCUUUAAUGCGUAAGAGUAACAAUGUUGUGCAGAGGUCAGAGAGGAACCAGGGAGAAUCAGAUUAUCCAAACUAUGACGACCGAGUUGUUGGACCUGCACAAGUGAGUAGUCAUGGUUUUCAGAAAGAUGUAGCUUACCGGGAUAAUAUACCCCUGCCAAAACCAAGAUCAAUUAGGAGGAAACACUCAAAAUCGUUAUCCAAUCGUGAUGAUUUCGGUAAUAUUGAAGAUUCUGGGGUUGCAAAGAGAAGUUCAAGUAGCAAGAGAAGGGACAACUCAAGAAAGGGCUUGCAAAUCUUGUUUGAUGAUGAACAUCAUCAGAAAGAUGAAGAGGAAAGGAGGAUAGAUAGAUUACUGCUGCAUUACAGUAAGAAACCAUCAUCAACCUAUGAACCAGAAAAGGUACGUAGAAAGUCCAAAGCUCAAGCUCAUGCAUCGCAUCAGAUAGCCACUGAUGGGUCUGAUGGGCAGGCAGAAAUGGUUCCUCAUCCCACAAGAUCGGUUUCUCUCCCCAGUGAGCAACCUACUCCGACAGAGACGGUGAAAGUUUUUACUCAUGCCAAUUCCUUUCAGCCAGAUAAGCCAGCACAGCAUGUACAUCCCAAAUUACCAGAUUAUGAUGAUUUGGCUGCCCGGUUUGCAGCCAUGAAGGGACAGUGAAAGGUGCAAGGAAUCCAAACUUAGAAUUUGGUGUCUUAGAUUGCUUACGGGAGUAUAUCCGUUGUUGUUGUCUUCUUACUUGCGUUUACCUAGAAAUGUAUUGUUCUCUUUGUGGGGAGCGGAUAGAGAGGAUUUCACUCCUGCUCCCAUAAAGGGCUAUGCUCAAAUCACCUACAUAUACAAGGUCUGAUUUUAUUUUGGAAUCAGCUUGGGCCUUUUGUUUUGUGUUGCUGUGGUGUACUGUUGUAUCUGUUCGUGAAACCUCAUAUGUUAUAGAUUCCUCUGACUAAUAGUUAUGAGUUGAGAUUGAGAUUGCAGCUAUGCUACCAGAGUUUUCACAGUUAAUGUUUAGUUUCAUUUAGUUAUUGUAAU